GGCUUAUUGAGUAUCGAGUUUUCACCCGCGUCGCGCGCAUUCUCCAACCGACUCUCGGAGCAGUUUUUAAAGCUUUCUAGCUUGGUGAAAUUGUUUCAUAAAAGAAGUGAUUUUAGUUUUGUAGUUGAAAAAAAAAAUAAACGAUCAGUUCCUUGACAGAGUAGAUGUGUGUUUAUUUUUCGGCUCACCGUUAAAGACAUUUCAAAAUUGGAUACCAAAAGGAAUAAAAUUCGGGCCGAUGUUCUCACGCACUCGUACCUGCGAAUGAAAUACCGAAGCAGCCUUGGACUGAUUGUGAAGACUCAGUUCAGAACGCUGGUCCAAAUUAAGGAAAGUCCGCACCGGAAACGCGGUUUCGGUGGAGAUAAAGCAUCUUCCAGCUGGGGCGAUCCGGGGUGUCGGCGAUACUGCUGGAGUUGCGAAGUGUGAUAUCAAUUAAGGAAACGUGAUCAAUUUCGAAUGCUUCUCAAUUACUGACACCCGCGGGCAGCCGGAAAUGUAAAUAAAUCGUCCUCAGAGACAAUAGAGAAGCAAUAAAAUAAACUGACAGUGACAAAUAAUAUCGAAGUGCUAUAGAAAGGAACCCAACAAUUGGCAAAUAGCUUAUAAACGAAGCAGUUGCACCGAUUGAUUCGAUACCAUACCAAAUAUUACUGUUAGGUUCAAUAGAGUAUUAUAGCGGAAUGGAAACGUUCAAGAUUGUUGUUUUGAUUGGUUUCGUCGUGACGUCUGUAGCAGCUCGACUGGAAACGGGCCACGAGGAAUGGCCAGAAUGUGGCAGUGAGGAGCUUCUACAUCAGGGCGCAUUUUCGCCAUACGACUAUUCGGCUGUAGGGUUUAUGUUGGUUGUGUCGCUCGGCAUUGGAGUUUUCUACGGAUAUUUCGUUAAGCCUAAAAAAAGUGAUGGCGAUCCUAGUUCAAAUGACUUUUUGCUUGGCUCGGGCAUGACAGUGUUCCCAGUGACGUUGAGUUUGACAACCAGCUUUAUUACCGCCAUCGAAUUGCUUGGGAAUCCAUCGGAGAUGUUUUACAACGGUACGCAGUUCACCUUAAUCGUCAUUUCUGCUUUACUAGUUAUCCCCGUCGCAGUUAAGGUGUUUUACCCCCUGUACUAUAAAAUGGAUUUGACUAGCUGCUACGAGUAUUUGGGAACGCGGUUUAAUAGCAAGCUUCGUGUUUUUGGCGCAAUUCUGUACAUUCUUCAGAUGACUUUCUACACUGCGGUAGCCGUGCUGGCGCCUGCAAUCGCUCUCUCCAAGGCAACAGGUCUGGAUACGCACGUGGCAGUGGUGCUGAUCUACUUUGUCUGCGUGUUCUACUCGUCGCAGGGCGGAAUGAAAGCGGUCGUUAUUGCUGAUACAUUCCAGGCCUGUAUUCUUGCACUCUCUUUAGUUCUGGUGGUUGCCUUCGGUUGGUACUACACGGGAGGCCCGGUAGAGGUGUUUGCACGAGCCCAGGAAAACGGUCGCAUCGAGUUGCUCAAUCUCAGCACCAAUCCGACAACCCGCCAUAGCGUGUACUCCGUGGUAAUCGGUGGCUUUUUCUAUUGGACGUCCCUGUUUUGCACAAACCAAGCCGCAGUUCAGAAAUGUAUGUCAUUAAAAUCGCUCGAAAAAGCGAACAAGGCGAUUUAUCUUUCCAUCAUCGGAUUGGUAUUGGUUUUUCUGUUUAACUUCUACACCGGGUUGAUGACUUUUGCCCAAUACGUCGGAUGCGAUCCCCUGAGAUCAGGUCAAAUCACCGAGAAGGACCAGCUGGUACCGUUCUACGUAAUGGAUGUGCUCGGUCACGUCGAGUCCAUGACGGGCAUUUUUGUCGCCGGUAUCUUCGCCGCCAGUUUGGGAACUGUUGCUGCUGCACUAAACUCACUGUCGGCCGUCACGUGCGAAGACCUGCUCGUCUCCGGACUCGGCAUAAAGAUUCCACCGGAGAAGGGUGCCAUCUAUGCUAAGUGGAUGUCGCUGGGGUACGGAGUGCUAUCCUUCGGACUGGUUUUCGUGGUGGAACGACUCGGUGGCAUUCUGCAAGCAACCCUCACCCUCAACGGUCUGAUUGGCGGUGUGACGCUGGGACUGUUCGCUCUCGGACUGUUCUUCCGUAAUGCCAACAGUAAGGGCGCGUUGUACGGCGGUAUCCUGGCGUUGGCGUUUGUCAUCUACAUUGGAGUUAUGGCGCAAAUCUCUAACGAACCGGUGACCCCGCUGCCAUCGUCGAUUGACGCCUGCAACUGCACGCAUUCAGCGUCGUCGUCGUCAGUUUGGAAUCCGCCGGCAGGGUUGGCUUCCGAUGGCAACGAUAGACCGGUCAGCCUGGCACUGGUUUCACUGGACACCCUGGCCGGAACCCUGGCAAGCGAUUCAGCUUCUGCUGCCACUGGUCGUGAUCAACAGUUUCCCGCUGCUGCGUCUAUAGAAGUGCUGUCCCGCUCCUCGGAAAGUUCUCCGCUGGCUGCUGUCUACCAUAUCAGCUACAUGUGGUACUCGUUCCUGGGGACGUUCCUGACGAUUUUCUUCGGUUUCAUCAUCUCCCUGAUGACGGGCGGGCUGUGCGUGGGGAAGCAGAUGAGCAUCGAUCUACUGCCGACGCUUGGUGAUGCCGUUUACAAACAGGAGGAAAAAUGCACUAAAGCUCAACGGUACAGCAGGUCGGGUGACGAUGUAAACCCCGAAGCUGGAAAGGGAAGAAAAUCAAUUACUAGAGAUGACUCCGUUCGGAUCCAGAUUGCUGCACCGUUGACGAUGAUGAUGAAAACCAAUGUUUCAUUCGAAGAAAGUAAGAAGGUGGAGACGAAGAAGCAGCCACAGGAGGGGACCGAACAGAAGGCAAACGGAAGCGUCCAUGAUGAAGGUAGCAUAUUUGCAAUUGGAGGAUAUCGUAAUCAAGCUGGAGGGAAUGCUACCUCGGAGUGGUUGCGACCGACACAGUUCUCGGCGGACGGUCUUCAUCGUCAGGCAGAACGUGAGAGGUUUUAAUUAUCUAUGUUACUUGCUUGCCAUUGAAUGAAUUCUGGGGAAUGGGAUUUCCCGAAGGAUUAUAUUGUUUUAAUAUUAAUUUCAAUCACUUGAUAGCACAUGAAUCCAUAUCGUUACAAAUAUUAAAACUAUAAUAUGUAAAAGUAGACGACCAGACUAUUGUAUGUAUUUUGUUGAAAACUAUAAAAAAACUUUUCCAUCGCCAGCAAUCGACUAGGUGAUGAGUUUAGCCGAUAGAUAAGUUGCUCGUUUCCACCGGUUGUUCAUGACGGAUGUAUGUAGUUUGCUUUCGUUUACCCGUAUGUCUGUUGUAUCCUUUCUGUGCCAUACUAACGGGGGAAAACGAUGGAACAUUGCCACAAGCAAACCGAACCCGAGAUAGCAUAUUUUGAUUUCGAAAUGAAUUUAUUUGCGGAAGCAAUAUACAGUACAAAAAUUGAUAUUCUUACUCUUCUCCACUCGACCGGUGAAGGCGGCAACGUGCACCGGACAGUAAUUAUAGAUCUGGGUAGUAGAUGUAUGAAAUGGCAUGUUCAAAUGACCGGAUAUUUGUAGGAAAGUGAUUUUAUAUCAGUAGCACAGCAGUCAGUAUUUAUUAGUCUUAGCAUAGGCACACCAACUUUUGGUAUCAUUUUUUUUUGCAAGGGGAAAUUGGUUUCAUGAUGAAAGAAAAGCAAUAAUACCCAAUUGAAUAUAA